AUGAACGAACAUUCCCGUCUCUCUCGAUAUCCGCCUUGGUUAACACGGUGGAUAGGCUACCGCGCCAGUCCCCCACCAAAGCUUCCAGAUUAUCUCGUCUGGUUUUGGUCGUUCAUCGGCGCGUUUUGCGGUCUCUGUGUCUUGCAGGCCGUCUUCGGUCAUGCACACUACUUCAUCGAGCGCGGUACACCCUCCAUGAUCGCUUCGUUCGGUGCUUCCGCAGUCCUGUGCUACGGCGCCAUCGAGGCCCCGCUCGCCCAGCCCCGCGCACUCGUCUUCGGACACUUCAUCUCAGCCCUGCUCGGGCUCUGCAUCACCAAGCUCUUCUCCCUCUCCCCGCACUUCCAGUCCCUCCGCUGGCUCGCCGCAUCCCUCUCCACCUCCGUCGCUAUCGUUGCUAUGCAAAUCACCGGCACGACGCACCCACCUGCGGGCGCGACCGCGCUGCUGCCCGCGCUGGACGACGACAUCUGGGCGCUGAGCUGGUACUACCUGCCAGUCGUGCUCCUCUCGAGCAUGCUUGUGCUCGCGACUGCACUGCUGAACAAUAAUAUCCAGCGGAGGUACCCGUUGUUCUGGAUCGCGCCGGCGACUCCGCCCGUGGCGAAGCCCUCUCCUGCAUUGGGCGCGCCGCACGCAGAACAACAGACCUCGGACACCGCGUCGUCUGUGACGGCGCCUACACCAGUUCCUACCGGGAAAGAAGGCGGUAACGAUUCUAUGGUCUGA